UAUCAAACAUGUUGAGAUGAUCGAAUAAUUUAAGUUAAAAACAUAUUAAACAAUAAAAUUAAUAUGUUUUUACAAAUUUGAUAACAAAACAAUGUUGUUUCGUUAGUCUAUUAAUCUAAGUCCAAUUAAUAAAAUGGCUGAAGAAGAAAACACUAAAACCCGCUGGGACAAAUUUCUACUCUACAUGACAACAAAGUAUGAAUUAAGGAGCAAAUUUAUAUCAGAAGCAACCACCAUUUCAAGCUUGACCGAGGAUAUAUUAGAAAAAGAUAAUUUGCAUGAGAAAAUCAAGAUACAAGAUAAAAAAGCUGAAGUAAAAUCUCUUCAUGCAAAUAACUCAGGUGAGAAAAGCCAAUGUCACUCAAAUUCAAAUUGUCAAUCAAUUUCUAUUUCUAAUAAACCACUUUCACCUCCUCAUACUCCAAAGAAGGCUUCAGAAAAAUUGAAAUCGCCUCAGAUUAGUUCACCAGAUCAAUCGACUACAGGUAUUGAAUCAUUUUCUUUUCUCAUAUCUCCUUCUAAACAUGUUGAUUCAACCCCAUAUAAUAAAAAUCCUGAUUCACAUGUCCCAAAUGAUUUUGAACAUUGUAAUAUAUUGACUGAUCUUAGUGAAAUGACAGAAACUACAUCUAUAAUGGAUAAACUGGACGGUAAUGAUCAUUCAGCACAAUCCUCUCAAUCAGUGUAUGAUCCAAGCAUUAAAGCAAUUGUAGACAAGUAUACAAGUGACAAAAAUAUCUGGAUGACUAAAGAGGAAAUCUGGAAUAUCCAUUCUUUUGUAACAAAUACAAUUCAUAGUAAUCUCACUGAUGUGCUCAUUAAUAAAGACAUAGACUAUGUUUUGUGUCAGGAUGAGAAGAGAGACCAUUGGAAAAGGUGCUGCAACACUGAAAUUCGGAAAAUAAAUAAACAUUUUCCAAGAAAUAUCCGAAAGCAUUAUAUUAAGCGCCUUUAUGACAUUAUCUAUGCAGACAAUCUGAGUGAUAUUUAUGAACAAUGUGAGGCCGCAGUAAGGAAGGAUAUGAAAGUACUUUAUGAGAAGUAUGAGGUGGACCCUAAGGAAUCAACAAAGAAUCGAAUUCGAAGAACAUAUAAAGUCAUGCGCCUUCGUUUUGGUAAAUUUGAUGUAUUACAUGCGAUGAAAGCAGUUCGAAUGGGGCUAAAAGAGAACAAUUAGCCCAUUUCUUUCUACUUAAUAAAAUUUUAUUUUUUUUGUUUAAUGUGAAAUUUAUAUAAAUUUUAUGAUUUGAUAAUAAUAAAUGUUUAAUGUGAAA